AUGCAGUUGUUCAUCCAAGGAGGGUCCGUCUCGGUGAUAGACGUUGAUGGGCAGGAGACGAUAGCCCAGAUCAAGGACCGCCUUCGUAGUGUAGAAAAUGCUGCGAAUGAUGAGCAUCUGACCGUGUGGGUCAACGGAGUCGCUGUUGAAGAUUCCUGCUUGGCUUCAGAAUUAGCUUCCGACCAUCUUGAUAUCACAGUAUCACUUCCUGGUGGUAAAGUCCACGGUUCCCUGGCUCGUGCUGGUAAGGUUAAGGGGCAAACCCCAAAAGUGGAAAAACAACAGAAGAAAAAGAAGAAGACCGGACGUGCCAAGCGCCGAAUUCAGUACAACAGACGAUUCGUUAACGUUGUGCAGACAUUUGGACGCAGACGCGGACCCAACUCCAACUCAUAG